GUUCCGUGCUCCUGUCUCUUCUUUCCGGUCUGAUUUCCCGAUCAACCGAAUUUCGAAAUUUGGGAUCCGAAUCUCCUCCAUCGCAGCAACCGAAAAGCCAGAGACGAAGAAUGGAGUUGGCCUGCUGCUCCUGCUCCUGCUCCGUCCCCGGCCGGAGCUCCCUCUCUCCGGCGGCACCGACAAGGAGAAGAAGAAGCGCCCGAGCCGCAUGCCGGACGCGCGCCUCCCGUCUCGCCGUGAUCAGCAAGGCGACCGCCGUCGAGCUGGACGGCGCCGCCGCGUCGCGAGCCCUGAGGAGAAGCGGCGGCGGCGGCCGCUCAGGCUCUAUGGAGCUCGCCAAGUCCAGCGCUGCGAUGGAGAAGCUCGACAUCGAGCGCGGCGUCUGCGUGCCCUUCCGCAAGUACAGUCCCGAGAUGGUGAGGAGCAAGGUCUUGGAAUCCCAAGGGGCUAUCUGGUCGCUCGUCAUGAGGGGAGUCGAGAUAGUGUGGAAACUGGGCUUCUACUGGUCCACGCUCAUGUAUGAUUGUUUCGUCGGACAGGAUGAGGAAAUUGUUCCCUUCCGAGCCAUGCAGCUUAGGAAUCUCUUGUGUGACUUGGGGCCUUCCUUUAUCAAAGCCGGUCAGGUUCUUGCAAACAGACCAGAUAUUAUUAGAGAAGACUACAUGAAUGAACUCUGCAUUCUACAAGACGAUGUUCCUUCCUUCCCAAAUCAGGUUGCUUUCAACAUCAUAGAGGAGGAGUUGGGGCGGCCUCUUGAAGCUGUGUUCAGCAAAAUUUCAUCUCGGACGAUAGCAGCUGCCAGCUUGGGUCAAGUUUAUAGAGCUACAUUACGUGAUACUGGAGAGGAUGUUGCAAUUAAGGUGCAAAGGCCUGAUAUAGAACCCAUAAUAUACCGAGAUCUUUUCUUAUUUCGUACUCUCGCUUCGUUUCUGAAUGGCAUCAGUCUGCAGAAGCUGGGGUGCAAUGCAGAGCUGAUAGUUGAUGAGUUUGGUGAAAAACUUCUCGAGGAGCUGGAUUACACAUUGGAAGCCCGAAAUAUUGAAGAUUUUCUGGAGAACUUUAAGGAUGAUCCUACUGUAAAAAUCCCACGCGUCUACAAGCAGCUUUCUGGUUCUCGUGUUCUGGUGAUGGAGUGGAUUGACGGUAUUCGAUGUACUAACCCAAAGGCAAUCAAAGAUGCUGGCAUUGAUGUAAAUGGAUUUCUUACAGUUGGAGUAAGUGCCGCAUUACGGCAAUUGCUAGAAUUUGGGUUAUUCCAUGGUGAUCCACAUCCUGGAAACAUUUUUGCCAUGCGCGAUGGACGUAUCGCUUAUGUAGACUUUGGCAAUGUUGCUGUCCUCAGUCAGCAAAAUAAGCAGAUUCUGAUUGAUGCUGUUGUCCAUGCUGUAAAUGAGGACUAUGUGGAGAUGGCAAAUGAUUUCACCAGGCUUGGUUUCUUGGCUAGUGACACUGAUGUCUCUCCAAUUAUUCCAGCUUUAGAAGCAAUUUGGCAGAACUCUGCUGGAAAAGGACUCUCUGAUUUUAACUUCCGAGCCUCCACUGGGAAGUUUAACCAAUUAGUGUAUCAGUAUCCUAUCCGUAUCCCUGAGAGGUUUUCACUGGUUAUCCGUUCUUUGUUGACUCAAGAGGGGAUCUGCUUCACUCUCGAGCCUGACUUCAAAUUUCUAGAGGUUGCUUAUCCAUAUGUGGCAAAUCGUCUUCUGACUGACCCAAAUCCUGCGCUACGCGAGCGCCUGAUACAGGUUUUAUUUAAAGAUGGUGUCUUCCAGUGGAAGCGGCUCGAAAACCUUAUUGUUCUUGCCAAGGAAAAUGUGGCUAAGAUGAGCAGCAACCCUGCAUUGCGGGGAAAGGACGUGUAUAGGAAACUCGACCUUAAAGAUACCAUCAAGGAUGGAGCUCGCCUUUUCAUCGUCGAUGAAGGAAUUCGAAGACAGCUGCUCCUUGCUUUGACAGAAGACUCAAAGCUUCACAUUCAGGAGCUCGUGGAUGUUUACAGACUAAUUGAAGAUCAAAUAGAUAUACCCUCAGUAGCUAUGGAAGUAGUACGAGACUUACCAACAGUUGCUCGGGAUCUUAUGCUUUCAUGGAGUGAAUCUGUCCUGUCUAAAAGAUGAUUGAGAACACUUAGGAGCACCCUGAAGGGAGAUCAAUUUGAGGGAAACAAAAACACUAUUGAGUUGCUGCAGAUGCCUGCGAUAACUUUUUUGCUGCUUUACUGAUUUGAAGCUCUUCCAACAUGUUGAAACCACAGUAUUCUUUUUGGUUCCAAUUGCUAAAGAGAUGUAUAUAAUUUGUUAGUAUACGAAUUACAGUGAGUUUUUUGAAUUAACUGUAUAGAUCCUCGGACGCCUUGGGUGCGACAGCAUGAGAUUAUUGAUUAUGGCCCCGUUUGGUUCAA